AUGGCUAGUAAUCAAUUGACGCGUAGUGAAUUAAAACGUCGGAGUUUAAUAAAUAUGUUAAAUGUAUAUGAAGAUUAUUUUUAUAAGAAUAAAGAUGUUGAAUAUGAGAGGAAAAUUCGUGUUCUUCAAAACGAUUUGUAUGCUAUUCAAAAUAAUAAAGAAAUAAAUCCUAUUAAUGGUGAAAAUGAAGAAGGUGAUCCAUUAAAUGUCGAAAAAGGGAAAACUAGUAUCGACUAUUUCAAUAAGAUGGAAGAUUUGAAAGAAGGUCGUGAUUAUGAUUUAAUUAGGUUAAGAUUAUACCAGGAUUACAUUUUUGAAUCCAAGACAAAUGAUUAUAUUGAAGAAAUUAAUAGUAUCAAUAAUGAAUAUGGAAUGAUUGAAAAUAUAUGCCAAAAUAAAUUAAUUGAGAAAUACAAGAGGAAAAUUCAAGAAUUGAAAAUUGAAAAUGAAAAUUAUCAAUUGCUUAAUAAAAAAAAUCAACAUUUAAAUUUUGAGCCAUUUUUAGAAUUGUCUACGAAUUAUUCCAAGGGGAGAGAUAUAAAUAAACCAAUUACGAGAGGUCAAUUGAAUAAUGGGGUAGAGGCAGAAUAUACAAAUGGAUCAAGAAGUGGCUCCAAUCUAUCGAUCAAGAGUAUAACGAGUCCCAAAAGUUCUAGUUAUGAAAUGGAAACUGAAUCUCAUAGUACUAUUAAUAAUGGUAUACAUAGGAGACGUGUCACACGAAAUAAAAAACUUAAAUAUACAAGAAGAGAGGCACUGUCAGAGGAAGAUGAGGGGGGCACCACAUCUACUACCACAGCCGCUACAACUGCAAAGGAAACAGAGUUAAAAUCGUCAGAAUUAUCUCAUUUAAAAGAAUUCUUAGAAAAACCAGAAUCUCUUUGUAAAGAAUUAUUUGAUAUUACAAAUUCAGAAUUAGUCCCACGAUCUUCUAUCAAAAAUGAAUUACAUAACUUGCUCUUUAAAGAUGUACGUAUUCAAAUAAAAGAGAAAAAGAUUUAA